CAAGCCAGCUGGUCCGGUCCGGUCUGGUUUCAAUGACUGGAAAAAACGCAAAUUCUUAACUCGGCCAGAUCAAGCCGUCCUGUUUGGGCCCGAUCCACCAUGGGAGAUGAAGAUGCCCAUUCAAGGGUUGGCUCGCACCACAAGGACCGGUGCAAUUAAAGUAAACCGACUCCCUGUCCGGAUCCGGUCCGCAGCAGGCUGGACUGUCGUGUGACUAAACCGCUUCCUGGUUCCUGGUGCUUUCCGCUAUAUAAGUCGUCGACUCUCCCACGCGCCGAUCAAAAUUUAGGGUUUCGUCUCGUUCAUCACUCGGUGAGCUCGAUCGUUGGCGAUGGCGACGGCAGCGGUGGACUCGGUGCAGUGCUUCGGAAGGAAGAAGACGGCGGUGGCUGUGGCGCACUGCAAGCGGGGUCGUGGGCUGAUCAAGGUGAACGGCGUGCCGAUCGAACUGGUGAAGCCGGAGAUCCUCGGCCUUAAGGCCUUCGAGCCCAUCCUCCUCCUCGGACGGCAACGGUUCAUGGACGUCGACAUCCGCAUCCGCGUCCGCGGCGGCGGCAAGACCUCCCAGAUUUAUGCCAUCCGUCAGAGCAUCGCCAAGGCCCUCGUCGCCUUCCACCAAAAGUACGUGGACGAGCAGUCCAAGAAGGAAAUCAAGGGCAUCCUCGUCCGCUAUGAUCGCACCCUUCUGGUCGCCGACCCCCGCCGAUGUGAGCCCAAGAAGUUCGGUGGUCGAGGCGCACGCGCCAGGUUCCAGAAGUCGUACCGUUAGAUCCGAGAGGUUCUGUAGUCCCGAUCUUUCCUCGUGAAGUUUUGAUCUUUCCUGCUUUGUUUGUUGCCUCUUCCGGAAUUGCUCGCUCUCGAGGCACAUUUGGUAUUCCUGUUAUGUUCUAGAUUUUACAUUAACGCUUUAAUUAUAUGAUUCACUAGCUCUUUCUCUGCA